AUGAUAAUUAAUUUUCCAUUAGUGGAAGCAUUAGAGCAGAUGCCCGGGUAUGCAAAGUUCAUGAAAGACCUUGUCACAAAGAAAUUGAUAGUUAGUUAUGAGCCAAUGGACAAUGUCCAUCAUUGUGGUUCUAUCUCUGCAAGGUCUUUGGUGCAGAAGAAGGCAGACCCUGGGGUAUUUACCAUCCCCUACACUAUUGGGUCUCUUGAUUUAGCAAAAGCUCUAUGUGAUUUGGGAGCUAGUAUAAACUUUAUGCCACUUGGUGUGUAUAAGAAAUUAGUUUUGGGGGAUCCUACUCCCAUAAACAUGAGACUAGUUAUGGCAGACAAGUCUGUGAAGCGACCCAAGGGGAUUCUAUAUGACGUAUUGGUAAAAGUAACCAGUUUUAUAUUGGCUGAUUUUGUCAUUCUUGAUUGCGAGGUUGAUUUUGAGGUUCCCAUAAUCUUGGGUGACCUUUCCUCAUAA